GGAGAGUACUCCAUAACUUGGUGAGAUUUUUAUUGGUCUAGUGCAGGUUGGUAUUUAUCAUCCGGGAUUAUUUUUCAUCUCGGUGUACUAUGUACACUACAUGGGUUUUAGUUAAGUCUUAAUACACUAGUUUCUAAGAUCAGAUUACUAAAUUAAUCCAUAGGCUUUAGUUAAUUUAGUACACACCUGAACUGAUUAUUAGGUAUUAAAUAAGCAAAAACGUAAAAUAUUGUUUCGCAGUGGUGGAUGUGCCCCCCAUGCGGCUACGGCGUGGCGGCUUUGGUGGGCCUGUGUUGUUGUGGCGUGUGCGUGUCGCUCGCGCUGCUCGUGCACGUGACGUCUCGCAGCUGUGGCACCACAGAUAAUAAUGCAAAAGAAUCGUCUGAACUACCUACAAAAGAUAAGAGCCGAAUGAACCCAGGACCUACUCGGUCUUCUCGAGUUAUUUUUGCCAAAUUCUUCAAACCUUCACUGACAUCUUCUAUGGCUACAGAUUCUCAAGAAACGAAAUUUGACACCUGGAAAGCCAGAAACCGGCCCCCUCCUCUGCCUCCAGUUGACUUCGAUUCCUAAUAAGUGUUUCAAAUCGUUACUCACAAACUUUAUCAGUAUCAAGUUUAUAAAAUUGUGAUGAAAUGAACUAUUCGAUUCAACUUCGGUUCUCACUAAAAAUAUAAAAUAUUUAUAAUAAUUCACCAGUUGUAAAUUGUUAUAAAUAUUUUAGUGACUAUGAACUUAAAAUUGUGAUCUGAUUUUAAAUUAGGAAUAAUAAAUUUUGUCGGUUAUUAAAGAACCCGGAUCGAAGGACCAAAAAUUGAAAUCUUUGUGCUUUUCUCAGUUCAUGAUUGUUUUUGUAUUUAAGUGAAUUUGUUAAUAUUUUUAGAUAUAAUAUAUUAAGUGUGUUGAGUUUAUUUCGUAAGUGGUAUAUUUGUUUGUUAGUAUAUAUCGGUUACACUGAAUUGUUUUGGCAUAAGUUUUAAAAUAAAGUUCAGUGAUGUUAA